AUGGUGUCUCUGACCAAGAUCAAUGGUGUCUCUGAAGAUGCCAUCAAGCUGAGACUCUUCCUUAUGUCUCUAGCUGACAAGGCUCACCAAUGGGAGAAGAGCCUGCCCCAUGGCACAAUCACCACUUGGGAUGAAUGCAAGAAGGCGUUUCUUGCUAAGUUUUUCUCCACCGGCCGCACAGCCAAGCUAAGGAGUGAGAUAUCAAGCUUCAUUCAGAGAAACAAUGAAACUUUUGCUGAAGCUUGGGAGAGAUUCAAGGGCUACACAAGUCAGUGCCCCCAUCAUGGUUUCAACAAUGAAUCAUUGCUCUCUACUCUCUAUAGAGGAUGCUUGGCAAGGUAUAGAGAGAUGUUAGACACAGCCAGCAAUGGGAACUUCCUCAAUCAAGAUGUGGAAGAUGGCUGGCAGCUUGUGGAAAACAUUGCAAACUCCAAUGGAAGUUAUGGAGAAGAGUAUGAUCGCACCAACCGGAGCUCGACCCACAACUCGAUCGAGUCCGAUGAGAAAUUGAGAAAAGAUGUCAAAUCGUUGAAUGAGAAAUUGGCUGAUAUCAACUCCAAGAUUGAGAAUCUCAACACAAGAGUGUACUCUCUGGAGAAUCAUGCUUCUUCUGUUGCUGCUGCUACAAAGCAAGGACAACUACCUGGUAAAGCUAUUCAGAACCCCAAGGAACAGUGCAAGGUCAUCUUCACUCAAGAAGGACUUGUUGAAGAAGAGGAUCAAGAGAGAGUCAUGGAAGAGUUUUGUUUGCUGAAUGAUGAAGAGAUUGUUGCUGCUGAGGCUCCUGGAGUCCAGAUUGAUCAACCAGAAGUGCACCUACUGUGGCCAUUCACACUUCACCAGUUGAGCUCGCACAACAAGCUCGAUCGGCAGCUCGAUCGAGUCGACUCUAGCUCGAUCGAGUCCGACUCAUCUCAAACCGAUUUUGCUUGA